AUGGCCUGGAUACCAGUGCAGCACCCCCAGUGUGGCUCCCGAGCCCCCCCAGCUCUGCAGUUCCUUCAGUCUUAUAGGCUCCCAAAACCCUUCUAUCCCCAAGGGCUGCAGAGGGCUCCCAGCGGCUGCUUCCUCCACCCAUGGGUCUUCCACGAGGCAACGAGCACCAAAGUGCCUCCACCAGACACCUCCACGCUGGGCAGUGGCACUGCUGCUCUACCAGCUACCCUGUGGGGUCCUGGGGGCUGUGGGACAUCCCUGGCCUGGACAGCCCCUAGGACCCUCCAGGGCCAACAGCAGCCCUACCACCAUCAGGGCAGAGUGGUGGCCCCAGCCCCCCCAGCACUACCAACAUCCAGCCCCACCUGCAAGCACACCAGGGAGGGAAAUGAAGAGGCCUCAGGCUCAGUAACCUCUUUAGGGACACUCCCAGGUAGUGACAUCCCCACAGGCAGUGGUGACAUCUUCCCAACCAGUGAUAUUCCUCCGAGCAGCCAUGUCCCCCCAGCAGAAGCGUUCCCCCGAGGUCCCUGUGCUGGUCCCCACUCCACAGCCCUCGAGAACACAACUGGUGACUUGGCACUGCCUGAGGAAGUGCCCCUUGAAGAGGCCCUGCGGAUCUUUGACUGCUCCCUGGAGGCAGUGGGGAACACACAGAAGGUUCCCAGCAGCAGCCCCGAGCCUGCGAGUCCUGGUAACACUGAUGCAACCACCCUCACCUUCGAUUUUGCCUCCCUCUUGCUUCCUGAGGACCUGCUCACACCUGACUACAGUGUCCCUGAGACCAGAGAUGCCUUCUUGAGCAUCGAUGAAUUCAUCAUGGGGCUGGAGGCCCAGGAGCUGUGGGAGGAGGAGGGUGUUUCUGCAGAUCGGCUCCGUGCCUGUGUGGCAGAAGGGAGUGCAGCGGCCACCGGGAAAUGGCCCCUUGGAGAUGCCAAAGGUCCCAUGAGGCCCAAACCAGAACCAGCAAGCAGAGCCCUAAGGGGCUCCCCAGGGCCGAGUCAGUACCAGUGGGACAGGGCAAUGGUGGUGGGGACUGCCCUGCCUCUGCCCCUGCAGUUUUAUUGUUACUGUGUUCAAAAACACAAGGCAGGGCAUGACUGGUGA